AUGCAGCGUGCUAUCUUGCUUGGGAUUGUCCUGACAAGUUUGUUGCCUUCUAUCGAUGCCCAGAAGAAUCUACACUGGGAAAUUCAGCGUUAUGAUGGCUGGUACAACAACCUCAUGUAUCACAGUCACAGUUCCACAGGAUCACGGCUUUCACGCCUCCUGCCCGCUAACUAUGCAGAUGGUGUCUACCAAGCCCCGCAGGAACCUCGCGUCCCUAGCGCACGCGUGCUCAGCAACACGAUUGCCCAAGGCCAGUCGGGAUUGCCCUCCAAUGACAACCGAACUGUUCUCAGUGUCUUUUUUGGUUUCCACGUGCUCUCUGAGGUCUUGGAAGCCGACAAGUCGGGCUGCCCUGCUGAGUUCUUGAAUGUGCGUAUCCCUCAAGGAGAUCCAGUGUUUGACCCUAAAAAGUUAGGGGGUGUCGUUCUGCCCUUCCAGCGCAUGCAGUGGGUGGCAGGAACUGGACAUAGUCCUAACAGCCCCCGGGAUCAGAUAAACGGUGUUACGGGAUGGCUGGAUGGCAGUGCGAUCUACGGCCCGUCACAUUCCUGGAGCGAUUCUCUGAGAACUUUCUCUGGAGGGAUGCUGGCUUCUGGAACUUACCCGGGUCUUCCAAAGCAGACACAGGCGACCAGCUUAAUGUGGAAGGCUCUGGAUCCAUCCACCAGUCAGGGUGGGCCACAAGGGAUCUUCGACUUUGGCAGUGCCAGAGGGAACGAAAACCCAUUCCUGCAAGCCAUGAGUAUCCUCUGGUUCCGCUACCACAACUACCGGGCAAAGGAGCUUGCCAGGCAGAAUCCCGGCUGGUCUGACGAAGAUCUGUUCCAACACGCCCGCAAGUGGGUCGUGGCCACUUACCAGAAAACUGUGCUAUAUGAAUGGCUCCCGACCUUCCUGGGAAGCACCAUCGCAGGAUAUGAAGGUUACAAGCAGCAUAUAGAUUCCAGGAUCUCUCCUGAAUUCCUGGCGGCUUCUGCCCUCUUCCUAGGCACCAUGGUCCCUUCUGGAGUCUACAUGAGGAACUCAUCUUGCUAUUUCCGAGGUGUGAAAAACAAAGAUGAUGGCGAAGAGUCCUUUCCAGCACUCCGACUUUGCAAUGCUUACUGGAGCCGAGAGAAUCCCAAUCUCCAAACAGAUGAGGAUGUCAGCGACCUGUUGCUGGGGAUGAGUUCCCAAAUCGCUGAACGGGAAGACAACAUUGUGGUUGAAGAUCUCAGAGAUUACUGGUAUGGGACAGUGAAGUACUCCCGCACCGACUUUGUGGCUAGCUGGAUCCAGCGUGGGCGGGACCUUGGCUUAUCCACCUAUAAGAAAGCCAGAACAUUCUUCCAAUCUGACACUGCUAACGACUGGCAGAGAAUCAAUGCAGAAAUCUUUCAGAAGAGCCAGACGCUAAUCGAGAGACUGGCGGCCCUCUACGGAAAUGACACGGACCGCCUGGAGCUGCUGCCUGGGGCUUUGCUGGAAGCUGAUAGAACCCUUUUCCACGCUAUCGUGAAGGACCAGUUUGUUCGGCUGAGGGAUGGAGACCGGUUCUGGUUUGAAAACACCAAGAAUGGGUUAUUCUCUUCUGAAGAGAUCGAGGCCAUUAAACGCACAUCGUUCCGUGAUGUCCUUGUUGCUGUCACCUAUGGGGAAUCAACCCAAAUCCAAGCAGAAGUGUUCCUCUGGAAAGAUGGAGAUCUAUGCCUCCAGCCUGAGCAGUUAACUACGCAACAUCUGCCGCCCUGCAAGCCCCUGAGCACGCUGGAUUACUUUGAAGGGAGCGUGGCCGGAUUUGUGAUUGUCAUCAUUGUGCUCUGCUGUUUACCUUUACUGAGCUUGCUCAUCGCUUGGAUUGUCGCCUUCGCCCGAAGAAGAGACUUCAAGAAGCUGCAGAAGAGGCAAAGCCCCAGUGAGCGAUCAGAAGCCUUUUCAGAGGGUAUCUCAGCUUUUGAAUGGCAAGAUCCCAAGACCGCCACUUCCCAAGUCUACCUUCAGUUGCACGAAGACAAGGUGAUCCGAGUGCUGGACGGCAAGCUGGCCAUGGUGCGGAGUAUCAACCUGAAACACCAGCAGCAGGUGGAGACGAUCCUGUCCAACAACAAAGGCAACAAGUCUUUGCUCCUGAAGAUCCCCAAGGAGUACGACCUGGUCUUGCAGUUCAGCAGCGAGGCAGAGCGCAGGGACUUCCUUGGGCAACUCAAGGGCUACCUGGAGAGGAACCAGCUGACUCUGCAGGCAUCCGAGAUGAAGGAGCAGCAGUUGCUGAAGAAAGCCGUCACCAAGGAGCAGAGGAAGAAUAUCCUGGACUUAUUUUUCCGGCAUUUAUUCGCCCAGGUCUUGGACAUUGACAGAUUGGAUGCCGGGGAACUCAGCAUGGAAACGUCUCAGAAAGUCAAGGAAGCUUUGAAGUGUGAGCUGAGCCGGGCCGAGUUUGCUGAUGCCCUAGGGCUGAAGCCCCAAUCGGUGUUUGUGGACUCCAUGUUCUCGAUGGCGGACAAAGACGGCAACGGCUAUAUCUCCUUCCGGGAGUUCCUCGACAUCCUGGUGGUCUUCAUGAAAGGAUCUCCACAAGAGAAGUCCAAACAGAUGUUCACAAUGUACGACAUUGAUGGAAACGGCUUCCUUUCCAAAGAAGAGUUCUACCGGAUGCUGAGGUCCUUCAUCGAGAUCUCUAACAACUGUCUCACGCGAGAUCAGACCGAGCAGGUCAUUGAAUCGAUGUUCAGGGAGUCGGGCUUCCAGGAUAAAGUGGAGCUGACCUGCGAGGAUUUUCAUUACAUGCUCCGUGACCAUGACAAUGAGCUCCGUCUCACCCAACUCUGCGUUAAGGGAGUUCCAGAAAGAUUCAAACAAAACUUGAACAAUCGGGUCUCUUUCAUAAACAAGGACAAAGAAACCAACUUGCUCCUAAACCAAGACGGCCAAGCGGCACCACCGACAGAAUCCACAGGGCCAGAACUGCGGAAGCGGCCGGGCAAGAAAUCGUCUUUACUAACUCAGCCGCAUCUCUACACCGAGGCGCGAAGGGAGAAGUACCACCGGGGUCUAGUCCACCAGAAGAUCCAGCAGUUCAAGCGCUUCAUUGAGAACUACCGCCGCCACAUCAUUUGCGUGGUGAUCUUCUCUGCCAUCACGGCCGGCGUCUUUGCGGAGAGGGCUUACUACUAUGGGUUUGCAACCCCUCCCACCGGCAUCGCUGACUCGACCUUUGUGGGCAUCAUGAUCUCGCGGGGGGGAGGGGCCAGCAUCUCGUUCAUGUACUCCUUCAUCCUGCUCACCAUGUGCCGGAACCUCAUCACCUUCCUGCGGGAAACGUUUUUCAACCGCUACAUCCCCUUUGACUCCGCCGUGGACUUCCACCGUUGGAUCGCUGCAGGGGCCCUGAUCUUUUCAGUCCUUCAUACACUGGGGCACAUCGUCAACGUCUAUAUCUUCACAGUUACGCCCCUCAGCGUCCUGUCUUGCCUCUUCGCCGGAGUCUUUACGGAUGACGGGUCCCAGAUCCCCCCUAAGUACUAUUGGUGGUUCUUUGAGACAGUCCCAGGCAUGACCGGGGUGCUGCUGCUGGUCAUUCUCGCCAUCAUGUAUGUCUUUGCCACUCACUACUUCCGACGCAUCAGUUUCCAGGGCUUCUGGAUCACUCACCACCUCUAUGUGGUCCUCUAUGUCUUGGUUAUCGUCCACGGCAGCUUUGCUCUGAUCCAGCAACCCCGUUUCCAUAUUUAUUUCCUCGUCCCGGCUCUCAUCUACGGGGCAGACAAACUCGUCAGCCUGAGCAGGAAGAAGGUGGAAAUCAGCGUGGUGAAGGCCGAACUCCUCCCUUCAGGGGUCACUCACCUUCAGUUCCAGAGGCCUGAAGACUUUGACUACCGGUCUGGGCAGUGGGUGCGAAUUGCUUGUCUGUCUCUCGGCACCACCGAGUACCACCCCUUCACUCUGACCUCCGCUCCCCAUGAGGACACGCUGAGCUUGCACAUCCGAGCAGCUGGACCCUGGACGACCCGACUUCGAGAGCUCUACUCCCCGGAAAGCGUGGCGGAGAUUGGCAAGUAUCCCAAGCUCUACCUAGACGGGCCUUUCGGGGAAGGACACCAAGAGUGGAAUAAGUUCGAAGUGUCUGUGCUGGUGGGAGGUGGCAUCGGGGUGACCCCGUUUGCCUCCAUCCUCAAAGACCUGGUCUUCAAGUCAUUGGUCGGCUCCAAGAUCCCCUGUAAGAAGAUCUAUUUCAUUUGGGUGACCCGGACGCAGAGGCAGUUUGAGUGGGUGGCCGACAUAAUCCGCGAGCUGGAGGAGAAGGACCAGCGUGAGCUGGUGUCCGUCCACAUCUACAUCACCCAACUGGCGGAGAAAUUUGACCUGCGCACUACUAUGCUGUACAUCUGUGAGAGGCACUUUCAGAAGGUCCUGAACCGGAGUCUGUUCACAGGCCUGCGAUCCAUCACGCAUUUUGGACGGCCCCCUUUCCUCCCCUUCUUCUGCUCCUUGCAAGAGGUGCAUCCAGAGGUGAAGAAGAUCGGGGUGUUCAGCUGCGGCCCCCCGGGCAUGACCAAGAACGUAGAGAAAGCCUGCAAGAAGAUCAACAAGCGGGACCAGACCUAUUUUGUCCAUCACUACGAGAACUUUUAGGCCUUCGACU